AUGGAUUUGAACAAAUUGGAUUCAAAAGGAAAGAAAGGAAUAAUCCCCAAAACAUGGGAGCGUUGCAAAUCUUUUGGUCGAAAAAAUUCAUUAGAAAAUAAUCAACAUGCCUUGACAACAAAACGGGCUAGAAAAUCAAGAUAUCGAGUGUCUACACAAGGUUGUUUCUCCGUCUAUGUUGGAUCAGAUAAACAAAGAUUCGCGAUUAAGACUGAAUAUGUGAAUCAUCCCCUCUUCAAGAUGUUGCUUGAUGAAGCUGAAUCAGAGUUUGGUUACAAUAGUAAAGGUCCUUUGGUUCUUCCUUGUGAUGUUGAUUUUUUUCUCAAUUUAUUGAUGGAAUUGGACUCUAAUGAGGCCAAUCAUCAUGGUUGUGGCUUCACUAGGAGUUAUAGCUACUAUCACCUCACUCCAACAAUAUUUGCCUAG